AUGUCGCCCACGCCUAACCCUCCUCCCCGAGGCAUCUGGACGCCCAUCCCGACCUUCUUUGCCUCCAAGUCCUCGCCUCACUACGACGCGGUGACCCCGCCUUUUGACCUCGAUGCCCAAGCGGAGCACGCCCUGGGCCUUGCCCGCGCCGGCGUCGUUGGGCUGGUCGUCUUCGGCAGCACGGGCGAGGCGGUGCACGUUCACCCACGCGACCGCAAGGUCCUGUUGCGAUCCCUCCGCGACCGUCUGGACCAGGCCGGCUUCUCGUUCCCCAGGUGCCCGCUUAUGGCCGGCACGGCCACCAAUAGCGUCCAGGAGACGCUGGAGCAGCUUGAGGACGCGCAGCAGGCUGGUGCCCAGUGGGGUCUGUGCCUGGUGCCUGGAUACAACGCGCCCGUGGUCAGCCAGGAGGGCAUCGUGAUGUGGUUCACUGCCGUGGCCGACGCCAGCCCCAUCCCGAUCCUCAUAUAUCACUACCCCGGGGUGUCCAAUAACGUUCAGGUUGCCCCAGCUACCUUUGAAGCCCUCGCGAGGCACCCAAAUAUUGUUGGCUGCAAGCUCUCGCACGGCGACAUCUCGAAGCUCACCCAAAUCGCGCUCAACCCCGCCAUCAGCCACUCCGACUUCCACGUCUUCACGGGGCUGGGUCAGCAGCUGUUGCCCGCCAUGACGGUCAAUUGCGUGGGCGCCAUCGAUGGCUCAGCCAACUUCUUCCCCAAGUCGCUGGUGCGACUGUACACGCUGUGUUGCCAGAGCCAUCUUUCAGUUGAGGAGGCCGCGGAGCGCGCGCAGCUGCAGUACCGCGUGAGCUGCAUGGAAGAACUCAUUGUUAAGCACGGCAUCCCCGGCAUCAAGGAGGCCGUGAGCCGGCUGAGGGGCAUUGGCGACCGAGACGGAACGAGGCUACCGCUUUUGGGGGGCAUCCCGGGAGGCGACGAGGAGUGGGCGAGGUGGUUGGGCGUUUUGGACAAAGUCGAAGAGCUGGAGGUGCGCCUGUCGCUGGCGUUUCCCGAAGGCGUCGAAAAGUAG